AUGACUCGCCGAAAGCCCCCGAAGGCUUUAACCGGCAAGAAGUUUCUGCUAUCGGAGAAUGCACAAAGUGUUAAAGGACUCGCGGAUAAAAUUAGAGAGUACGAAGGCCAAAUCUAUAAGACUGUACAAGAAAAAGCCUACGUUGUUUGCCUACCAGACGAACGUGUAGAAUUGUGGGAGGCUCCAGACAAAAAGAAGCAUAGCCCAGUAUGGAGAGCUUAUCAAGCCGGCAAAACAUUUGUAGAUACUACCUCCUUCGAUUCUUUAACUCACGACAUCGAAUCGUGGAAACCUACUGAAUUCAUCCCGCCGGUACCUACACAAAAGACUCAACGGAAGAGUUCAGUUUGUUUGGAAAGGAAAUCAUCCUUGGUCCUCGACACUAUAUCCGUCUCAAACAAAGAUGCGCCGAAAGAUGAAGCAAGUGGUCCUGAACGGUUUACUGCGCCGAACAUCUCAAAGUUGACUCUGCCAACUAAAAUGGCCCUGGAAGAGCAGGCGUCUUCAGUUUCCAAUUCAACUACAGAGGGCUUGGAAAAUAUCCAACAAAAGCUGCAGUAUUUAAGGACAAGCCUUGACAGCCAGAUGGACAAACUGACCAGGCUGUCAGCAGAGAACAGGUCAUGGGUGCAGGCCCUCAACGAUAUUGAACAGCUCAACUGUGGCAAGGUCAUCAUAAGGAUCGAGGUACUGUCUGAAUCCGAUAAUGAGGACUCAUAA